UAGUCCAUGGUCUGACGUAAGUUGGGAUCCUGGCCGCAGCGGUGAUCCCUGGACGAAGAGUGCCUGGAGUGAUCGACCAAAAGGCCAAAUAUCAAAAUCUUCGGUGGCAGCUCCCACCAGGACUUAUCUCAGAAAAUCGCCGACCGCCUGGGCCUGGAGCUAGGCAAGGUGGUCACCAAGAAAUUCAGUAACCAGGAGACCUGCGUGGAAAUUGGCCAGAGUGUGCGAGGACAGGAUGUCUACAUAGUGCAGAGUGGUUGUGGCGAAAUCAACGACAGCCUAAUGCCUGCAAGAUCGCUUCAGCCAGCUGGGUUACUGCAGUCAUCCCAUGCUUCCCUUUUGCCGGGCAGGAUAAGAAAUAUAAGAGCCGGGCCCCAAUAUCCGCCAAGCUUGUGGCAAAUAUGCUGUCUAUAGCAGGUGCAGAUCAUAUCAUCACCAUGGAUUUACAUGCUUCUCAGAUUCAGGGCUUUUUUGAUAUCCCAGUAGACAAUUUGUAUGCGGAACCAGCUGUCCUGAAGUGGAUAAGGGAGAAUAUCUCUGAGUGGAGGAACUGCAUUGUUGUCUCACCAGACGCCGGUGGAGCUAAGAGAGUGACCUCCAUUACAGACAGGUUGAACGUGGGCUCUGCCUUGAUUCACAAAGAAAGGAAGAAGGCCAAUGAAGUGGACCGCAUGGUGCUAGUGGGAGACGUGAGAGAUCGUGUGGCUAUCCUUGUGGAUGACAUGGCUGAUACCUGUGGCACAAUCUAUCAUGCAGCUGACAAACUUCUCUCAGCUGGAGCCACCAAAGUUUAUGCGAUCUUGACUCACGGAAUCUUUCCUGGCCCGGCCUCUCGCAUCAACAGUACAUGCUUUGAAGCAGUAGUAGUCACCAAUACCAUACCUCAGGAGGAUAAGAUGAAGCAUUGCUCCAAAAUACAGGUGAUCGACAUCUCCGUGAUCCUUGCGGAAGCCAUCAGGACAACUCACAACGAGGAAUCUGUUUCCUACCUGUUCAGCCAUGUCCCUUUAUAAUAGAAUAACUUUGAGGUAUUCUCUUUUUUAAAUAAA